GUUUACACAAGUUCGUUAAAAAGAUAUUGGAUACUGGAUAUUGGACGUGGGCUAUUUGAUAGUCAGCGGAGCAAAAGCCAGUGAUGGAGUUUUGUAAAGAUGGCAGUUAGAUCAGAACUUAGCGAGCAGAAGCUAGGGUAUAUAAGAGAGUUUGUGAACAAUAGAGACCCUAAAGAAGAAUAUAAACUUAUUCAAAGCAUUGGAACUGGUACUUAUGGCGAGGUGUACAAGGCAAUACGACUAAGAACAAAAGAAUUUGCGGCUGUCAAGAUAAUUAAAGUUGAUGCUAAAGAUGAUGUACGUGCUAUACUCCAAGAGAUACAAACUCUUCGUGAAUGUCGACAUUGUAAUAUUGUACAGUUUUUUGGGAGUUAUUUUAGAAAUAAUAAACUGUGGAUUUGUAUGGAGUUUUGUGGUGGUUUCUCAAUGCAAGAUAUAUAUACAAAUAUUCAACGGCCUAUUGAAGAAAAUUGUAUAGCUUUUGUAUCCAGAGAAACAUUGCGUGGCAUAGAAUAUAUGCACAAAGCUGGAAAAAUCCAUCGAGAUAUAAAGGGUGCAAAUAUUUUACUCACAAAUGAUGGAGACGUCAAAAUUGCUGAUUUUGGUGUCGCAGCUCAAAUAACUCAGACAAUUCAACGUCGAAAUUCAUUUAUUGGAACACCAUAUUGGAUGGCACCUGAAGUUGCGGCUGUUGAACGUAAAGGUGGUUAUGAUGAAAAAUGUGAUGUAUGGGCAUUGGGUAUAACAGCUAUUGAAUACGCUGAACUUCAGCCUCCGUUGUUUGAUUUACACCCUAUGAGAGCUCUGCGUAUUCUUGGCAUGCGUAGUUACAAGCCUCCUGUACUUCGAAAUAAAUCAUUGUGGUCUCAAAAAUUUCAUAACUUUCUUAAAGCAGCUCUAACAAAAAAUGAAAAGAAACGGCCUACAGCUCAAACUUUACUACGGCAUGAGUUUGUCAAUCAGCCACAUUUGACUAGAUUGUUAACUUUAAAAUUAUUAGAGACGAAUCGUAAUCCAAAUAUUGUUAACAAUAGUCGUUCAACAUUGAUAAAUCAACAGAAAACUGAAGGACAACAACAACAACAAGAAUAUUCUGCUUUAUUGGUUGGUCGACCUGAUUAUCCUAUGGCAGCGAUGAAGUCACCUGUACAAACUUCUACAGAAGAGUAUAAAGAUCGCACACUUGUGCAAUAUCGAAACCAAGUAUUACCAGUUCAAUCGAAUCAAAGGAAAUCAUCAAUAGUUGUUAGUCAAUCAUCUGAUUUAAGAUAUCAAAAAUCUUCUCCAAUAUCAUCAAAUCGUCCUGAACCAUUGAAUAAAAUGCAUACACCAUGGCAAUUACAAUCAAAUGAAUAUAAUAUUAUAUCAAUGAAAUCAUCUAUACUAACAGAAGUUGUUGUUCAACAUGACUAUCAACAACAACCAAUUGAACGUAUUCAAUCAGCUAGACCACAUCAAUUUCUUAUUGAAAAUUCUAUUGUAAAUAAUUCAGAGAAUAAUAAUAAUAAUAAUAAUGGUAGUAAUAAUAAUAAUGGUAGUAAUAAUCAAUCAUCUUCAUCAAAAUCAAUUUUAGAAGAGAUUCGUAUAAUGGAUGAAUUACCAAUACCAUUUCCUGCAUAUAUUUCAUCAGGACCAACUGCUACACCAGCAUUAAAACCGCCUGGAUUAAAUUAUUCAAUUAAUAAUCAUUCAAUUAUAUCAAUAAUACCAAAAUGUAUUGAAAAUGUUAUUGAACAGGCGAAUAAUUCAUCAUCAUCAUCAUCACAUGAUCAUGAUCAUUGUUCAUCGAAUACUUCAUCAAGCUUUUCAUCAGCUUCAACAUCACCACGUAGUUCAUAUUCAUCUAGUCAAUUAGAUUUAUUUCAUUCAAUAUCUACUAAUAAUCAUCAUAAAAUAGUCAUAUCAAAUUCUUCUUCAACUUCAUCAUCUUCAACAUCAUCUUCAACAUCAUCUUCAUCAUCAAUAACAAUUGAUGAUGUAAUUGAUAAUAAUUCACAUAAUUAUACGGCUACAGCUACUCCUCCUGCUGAUAAUAAUAAUAAUAAUAAUAAUAAUAAUAAUGAUAAUAAUGGUGAUAUAUUUACAAUGAUGGAAGAUGUUAGUAUCCAAGAUGAGUACAAUACUGUUAGUAAUGAAAUACAACCAAGAUUAUCACUUGAACAAGUAAAAUCUUCUAAACAAGUUGAUCCAAUUAUACAUAAUUCAUUAAAGUCUGAUAUAGCUGGAAGUUAUUCUGUUCAUCAAGUGAAUCAAUCUGAUAAUAUCAUCCAAUCAGAUAUUCAAAUACCUGAUGAUAAUGUUGUAAGUAGCGUUGGCGGUGGUCACGGUAGCAAUGGUUGUAGUAGUAGUAGUAGUAUUAAUAGUAAUGAAAUUACUUCUACUACUAUAGCUAAUAUACAAAUAGUGAAUAGCCUACAUGAAUUAAUCGAAGAAUCUAUAGAUCUACCUAAUAAUAUUUCUAAAUCAAUCAGUAUUGAAGAUUAUUGUAAAGAUCAACCUUUAGAUAAAUUAUUACAUCAUCAAUGUAAUAAUAAUGGUGAGAAUGAUGCUGCUGAUGAUGAUGAUGAUGAAUUACAAGAUAUCAUUAAUUAUAAUGAUGAAGUCGAACGUAUAUCACCAAUAUCAUUCGAUCGUGGUACAGUGACAACAAUUGAAUCACAUCUAUCCAGUAUUAUAACACAAAAUGAUUAUAAUAAUAAUAAUCAUGAGUUGAUCAAUAAUCAAUCAAUUAAUGAUAAUUCUGAUAAGUUAUCAAAAUCACCACCAUAUGCUUGUAUUGAUAUGCAUAAUGAUAAUCCAGAUGAAUGGGAUUUAGAUGUUGCUGAUCGAGAAUUAUUAGCUAGUGAUGGUCUAUUGUAUUUGGAUCGUAGUCAUCCGGAAUCUCUUAGUGAUCGAAUUAGUGAAUUUGGUUUUCGUAUUCAUGGAUCAUCUGAAGGUGAAGAAGAUCUUGAAGAUGAGGAAGACGAUCCAGAUGAUAAUGGAAUUCGAGAUGAAAUAAUUAUACCAGAUGAUUUAUGUGAUAUCACUAUGAAUUUGUAUACAUUACCCUCAAAAAAUGGAAUUUCAACGACAAUAGUAGAUAAUGGUGUAACUGAAUUAUCAUCACCAUCGAAGCAUAUUACUCCUAUUAAUGAUACUUCUACUACUACUACUACUACUACUACUACUGGUGAUUCGAUUGAUACGACAUCACAAAAGUCAGUUAUACCAUCGUUGACGACACCGGCACCAGCACCGCCAUCGUCACCGGCAACAACAACAACAACAACAACAACCAUAGACAGUUAUCAUCAUGACCAUUUAGUUAAUGGUAGUGAAAGACAACACGAUUCUUUACCUUCAUCGGUGAUGUCUAAUGAUGAUAACAAAAAAGUUAUCAGUCAGAAAGAAAUGGACUUAAAUGAAAUUAUCAAUUGUACUGCUCAAGAAUUUUAUCCAGAGAAAUCUGGAGAAGAGUUGAUGUCAUUAUUGAGACAAUUGAAAUUUGCUCAAAAAUUUGCUUGGUUAUCUGGAGCAUCAGUCCUACCAACAACAUUAGCAACAUUGGCUAAUCUACAAUCGACUAAAGUAAACGAUAAUCAUGAUCAACAUCUAACCAAUGGUAGUGAUUAUAAUCGUUGUGAUGAUGAUACAGUCAGCAUCAUUGAUAAGAAACCGCAGCACCAGCAGCAGCAGGAUCAUUCUAAUACACCAGUUGAUAAUGAAUUAAAGAAAACCAACACUGAUUCAAUUGUUGGCCUACUAGAUAACAAUACUACAAAUGAUUAUGAUCAUAAUCAUCACCAUCAUAUAAAUGAUGAUAUUCAAAUUAGGCAAUCAUCUGAAGAAGUUAUCUCUAUUGAAAAGGAUACAAUUCUAUCCAAUGGAUUAGUGUCUAGUAUGAAUUCAAGUAUAAAUCAAUUGAAUGGUGAUGAUGUUGAAAUUUCUGAAGAAAUUAAUCAUCGAAAGGUGUUUACACCAACUGAGGUUAAUUUGAAUGGACAGAUUGAUUUGUCUACAGUAGAAGAAAAUGAAGUCAGUAGUAACAAGAAAUCUAUUACCUCUGUAAUCAAGCCUAUUUCAUCAUUACCAUCAAAGACAAUGACAUCAUUUCCAAAUGAUAUUAUGAUAAAGUGUGCUACUAUAACAACGAAUGAUGUCCCAAUAUUGACGACAUUUACUCCUUCUACUCCUAUUGAAUCAAUUGAAAAUUCAUUUACCAGUACUAUAAUUACUUCACCUAAUCAUAUAGUCAGUAACCAAACAACUAUACCGGUAUCAUCUACACUAGAGUAUUCUCAUUCAUUGGUUAAAGAUGAUGAUAAUGAAUAUAAUUUAGUAGAGUGUAGUAAUCUAUUCAAUCAGAAUAAGACAUUGAUUACUGGAUCUUUACAAUCACUUUCACAGAAGAAUAAAGAUAAAGUCAACUAUAAUACAAACAGAUAUUGUUUGAUAAAUUGUGCUAGUCUAUCACCUUGUUCAGAUACAACAACAAUAACAUCCUCAUUGAAUAAGAAAUUAUCGCCUAUGGUAACGUCUUCAUUGAAACAAAGUUAUCAAGAAGUGUUUGUUGUACAAGAAGACUAUCAAAAGUAUGUGACUAUUUCUCCAACUACUACUACUACUACUACUACUGAUAUGAGUAGUACUAAUCUACCAUUAGUAUUAUCAACUAGACAACCAACUCGAAUUACUGCAUCCAUUUCAUCUUUACCUAUAGUUCAAUCUUUUCCAAUCUCAUCAUCAUCAAUGAAAAUACCUUCCAGCUUAGAAUUAACUCCUGAUCAAUGCGUUAAAAAUGAUAGUUUCGUUAAAGAUUCAUUAAUUGUUUCAUCAGUGAAACUUCGUAGGCGUACAACAACAUCUACUAGUGGUAUCAUACCUAUUGAGAAUAAACAAUCUACUUCUAGUAUUAAUAAAAUAAUGAAAAGAAAAAUAAAUACAACUUCUACUGCUAUUGAUGUUAUAGAUGAAGUAAGAAAAUCACGUUCAUCAAUGAUUGAAUUACUUAGUUAUCAGAAUAAGACAGCAUUACGUCAGGUUAUAUCAAGUCCAGGUUUACCAUUUUUAUCAGUUACAUCUCCAUUAUCACAACUUCAACCGCCACCACCAUCUCAAGAGAAUAAUAUGGGUGCCUGUUUCUCUUUGGUUUUUGAAGGUUGCCCCCUGAAAAUUAACUCUACUGCGACAUGGAUUAAUCCAGCUAAUAAUGGUCAAGUUAUCCUAUUUGGAACAAAUGAUGGUAUUUAUUGUUUAAAUUUGAAGGGAUUAUCUGAAAAUUCUUUGGAAUUGCUUUUUCCACGUCGAUGUCUUUGGUUAUCUGUAACUCGAGACACUAUGAUAUCAUUAUCUGGACGUCAUCCUCAAUUGUAUGCUCAUAAUCUUGUCUCUUUAAUGAAAUUAAAAUCACAUAAUCAUUCAGUUGGUGGUAGUUCUAUUGGAAGUUCUAGUAUUGUUGGUGGGAGCGGUGGUGUUGCUAACGUUCUUAGUGGUGGAGGUGGUUCAUCAAAAUUUCGUAAAUUUGUUAAACUUUUCCCUAAACGCUUCUCUCCAUCGAAAAAGAUGCCUGAUACGAAAGGUUGUCGAUGUGCUAAAGUAACACGUAAUCCAUUCAAUGGUGCAAAAUAUCUAUGCGCUGCUAUGACGAAUGAAAUUCUAGUCAUGGAAUGGUUCAAUCCUAUCUCAUCAUUCAUUGAAAUAAAACGAAUAAUUGUUCCAGAUAUGCCAUCACCUUUAUUAAAUUUUGAUUUAAUUAUAAUGAAAAAUCUUCCUUUACCAUUUGUAUGCCUUGGAGUUUAUCGACAUCAUUCACGUAAAGGUCGUGAAGGUCAACGAUUUCGUUUACAUUUAAUUGAUUUAAAUAAUUCUCAAUCAUUGAAUUUAUUACAAUUAUUAUCAUCUACAUCAUUGUCUACAAUAAAAAUAUCGCCGAAUUCUUCAUAUACUCCGAUUACAUCUUCAAUUCAUUAUCCCGGUGUAUCUUGUCAAUCGACGACGACGACGUCGACGACGUCGACGGCGAUGGCGACAACAUCACAAUUGGAACAUCUUCAUAAAGUUAAUGGAUGUGUUCAAAUAAUGAAUAAUAUUGGUAUAGCUAAUAGAACACAUAUUGUAAACAAUAAAUCUAAUCAAAUGAAAGCUGAAUUACAUCGAAAAAAUACUCUAUUCUUGUCUGAAGAUAUUUUACCAGUUGUAGAAACUGUACAAUUAGAGCAUAAUACUAUAUUGAUCUGUUUUCAAGAUUGCGCUAAAGUUGUCAGUUUAAAUGGUCAGAUUAAAUCUAGUCGACAUCGUGCAACCACUUUAGAUUUUAAUGGAAUUACAGUUGAAUCGAUUGUUUGCUUUCGUGAUAGUAUUCUUGUAUUUCAUCCGCAUGGAUUGUUAGGAAAAAGUUUCACUGGAGAGCUAACUCAAGAAAUUAAUGAUAAAGACAAUAUCUAUCGAUUAUUGGGAUACAAUCGGAAUAUAAUAGUUGAAAGUCGACCAGCUAGUAAUCCAAUGUCUAAUUCUAAUGUAUACCUUUUAUCAGAUCAUAUAGGUAGUAUUUAAUAUGGAGAUAGGUGGGUGGAUAUUACGUUCAGAGGGAGUAGUACCACUGGAUGGAUCUGUAGACAAUGCUGACAAGUUUGUUUGUUUGUUUGUUUGUUUUGAACAGCACAGUUACACUGGAGUCAGUCUAGCAUAUAACAUAGCUGCUUUUAUUAUCUUUAUUCGUCAUUAUCAAUAAUAAUAAUAGUAAUAAUAAUAAUAAUAUGCGUGUAUAUCAUCUCUACAUUGUGUUUAUUUUACUCUCAUAAUAUCUCUCCAGACGAUCACUUUCUCUCUGUGUGUAUGUGUGUGUGUGUGUGUGUGUGUGUGUGUUGGAUCUAUUAAACCUAUAGGAAGUAUCUCAUCUUCCUCCAGGUUCUAUCAUUUACCUUUGAUCUAUCUAUCACACUGGUUUAUUCAAUUGUGGAUUGUUGCUAUGGCAAUUAGUGUUAAUAUCUUAAGUUUUUAACUAUUCUAAUCAUUACGUAAUAUCAUGAUGAUCUCUUCUCUUGCUCCUUCUUCUUCUUCUUGAUGAUUCUGUGUGUGUGUGUGUGUGUGUGUGUGUGCACACACUUCAUAAGUCAAAACAGACAUUGAAUCCAUGGUUCAUUGACGCAUUUUCUUCUAACAUAACUAUUCAAUCAUUAUUUUGCUUGUUUCGUUAACGGAGUAAAACAGUUGAAGAAGGUUUUACGUUGUCUGUCUGUCUACUUCUUAAUAUACUACUCAUAUUUAUGUAUAGAAGCAGUGUCAUCUCAAUCCUUUUUAACUUAGGUGAAUAUGUUUUAUUUUGCGUUUACUAAUUUUAAACUACUUAUGAGUAGUGUAAAUGAUAAAACAAAAAUUCGACUUAUCUAUAUUAAUCAUCCUUUGAGUAGUUGUUUUAUUUCAUCGAUUUUUUUUUCUAAUUUGUUCAUUGUAAAAAAAAAAAAGAGAUGACAGUAAUGAAUGAUAGGCUUCUACUUUUCAUCUCUUCCUCUUUCCAUAGGAUUGAUGAUAUAUACAUAUAUACACCUGUAUAUUAGUGCUUUCAAUGAUUAGUUAUCGGUUUGUCAAGCCCAUGCACACAAUUUCAUCUUUAUGUGAUAAAAAUCUAUUCUAUGUGGCUUUUCUUUUAUAAUUUCUUUUCUUGAUGUACGGAGGGGUGGGUGGAUGUGUUUUCCUCUUAGUUUGUUUCAAUCUUAGGUCUUCUCUUUAUAUAUAUAUGCAUAUGGAUAUAUAUGCUUCUGUUCUUGUGUUGCUUUGACAUCUUCGCUUUCUCUUUCUUUGUCUACACCGGAGCCUUCAAUAUUGACUAGUGCUUAUAUUCUUCUCUUUUCAAGGUGUCCACAGAAACGUUUAUAUUAUUUAUGCUGUGUGUCCCCUCCCCUCCUCCUUCUCUCUAUGUGUAUUGUUGUUGUCUCUUCCUUGCUUCUUUCUGUUUAUUAUACAGGGUGUUUUUCUGGUUAUUAUUAUGAAUGGGAUUGUCAUACUGCUGAUGAAGAUUUUGUUUCACUUCAUGUUGUUGUUGUUAUUGUCGUCAUUGUUUUAUCGCAGUGUGUGUUUAUGUAUUGUUGUUGUUGUUGUUGUUAUAUGUACAAACAAGGAAAUCAUGUUGUCUGCAUCAUUCCUUCCUCUGUUUAAGGUGAUGUUUUCUCUCUUGUUGUUUCACAGUUACUGAACAAUAUUUUAGUAUCCUACCAUUCUACACUUGUCUCAUACUGUUUAGAGUUGGCUGAUUGGUUCUAAUUGUCGCUUUGAUUAAGUUGAUCAUGCCGAUGAUGAUGAUAAGUUGACAUGGACUUCCUUGUCUCUCUCUCUCUCUCUCUCUCUCUCUUUUUCCCUCCCAUGUUCCCCCCUCUCCUCACUUUGUAUGCAUGUGUGUGUGUAAUUUACAAAAAAAGAAUAUUAUUGAAUAUUAUUGUCUUCAUGUUCAAACUGGAUGUCUCAGCAGUCUACUCUUUAUAGCAUCAUUAAAGAUGGGGGGGGGGGAUAGGAUAGUGUUUGUUGUCCUGGCCUCCCCUCCCCUCCCACUCUUUUCUUCCUUUUGAUUUUUAUUUUGAAUUCUUUCUGAGUGAGGUGGGGGGGGGGUAGGUCUUCUUCUAGAAUCUUCCCUUCUACACUAAUUUGUGUCUUGCUUUUCCUCCCACCUCACCCCUCUUUUAAAAAAACAAUGUCAUUCACACAUAUUACACGUGUAGUAAUUGUUCCACUAUCGAUAUUGUACUACAUCUUGAAGGUGCAGUGAGAGCGGUUAGUGUUAAAAUAGGCCUGUAUGCGUUGAAUCAAAAAACGUGUGAUUGUUUCUGUGUGUUUGCUUGUUUGUUUUUUUGAUUUUGUUCUCCUUUGUGUUCUCUGUUUGUCUACUCAUUGAGCUUCUUUUUUUUAUAGCUCAGUAUUACGUAACAUGUACGUGAACCACCUCCCGCCACACACACACACACAUACAUACACAACUGGAUAGACAGACACAUGUAUACACAAACAUUGAGUUUACAACAUAUACACAUGGAAACAAUGAAUAAAUCGAUUGUUUUUCGUAGAAAUUAUC